GUAGUUGGCUGGCGUUUGGAAAAGGCGAAAUAAUUAUUUUGUGCGUUGCCCGUAGCUGUGUGUGUCGUGUAAACAUUAAGAAGAAGGUGUAUUGGCUAAGAAUUUGUGCGCGAAACGGAGCGGCGACGAACGUGCGCGCCAAUUUGUUUAUAAUAAAACAUUUUAAGAAGGAAUUUCAUUUGCAUUGUAUUGUUGGACGCAAACGGCAGAUUGUAUGUACCUUGGUGGCUAGUUGAUUACUCGUUGGAUUGUAUAGACGUCGGUAACAAAAGAUACAAAACAAAAAAUUCUACAGGGUGUGGUUGUUGUGCAGUGGUCGAUUAUUCAAAAGAUGAAAUGAAAUUGAUUAAAAAAUGUGUUGUAUGUAUAUUUAUGGUGUAUCCAUUGUGUUGGUGAAUGGCAAAAUGAAUACGCAUAAAACAUAUUGUAAAUUAAUUUAUGCGAAACGCGAACGGAAUUGAGAAAUUUAUGCAAAUUUUGGUGAUACACAGUUUUUAAUGUUGAUGACAGUGACGGCAAGGUGGAAAUCAAGCAUUGACUUAGUUGAAUUUGGAAAGGGUUGCUUGGCGAUACCGGAACGUUUAUAUAGUACAUGCUACAUUCAUAAUAAAAAUCUAAAAACUAAAACAAAUGCAAUCAGCUAUUUAGUUGUGUCCCAUCAUUGUGAGGAAGGACCAAUACAGAAUUAGUGACGUUGAUAAUCGCGACGUCAACGCCAACGUCGUCGUCUGCGCCGCUUUAAGUCUGUUGCACUUUGCCAAGAGCAGGUGUAUACAGCGCCAAUAGCGGACGUUGGUGUAUGACCGGCUGUAAUGAAAAAAAGCAGAACGCCGCUGCAACAAUAACAAUAUCGACAUCAUGUCGCGGCUUGCUGAUUAUUUCGUUAUUGUUGGCUAUGAUAACGAUAAAGAACGGACUGCUGCUGGUAACAUACACAUGUCAUGUGGCAAGAUAGUGCAGCGUUUUCCGGAAAAGGACUGGCCGGAUACUCCAUUUAUCGAAGGCAUAGAGUGGUUUUGUCAACCACUUGGCUGGGGUUUGUCGUACGAUAAGCAAGAACCAAAAUUUUUCACUUCCGUACUUACUGAUAUCGAUGCAAAUAAGCAUUACUGUGCAUGUCUUAGCUUCCAUGAAACAUUGGCCAUCACACUUAAUAAAGUCAUUGAUGAAGAAGAUGAGGCCACUGCUACCGUUAGCGGCAUUGGUAGCUCCAAAUUUCAACCGGCGAUUACGGGCAGCACUAACGGCGGUGGAAGUGGUAAUAAUAGCAUAAUAUCUCAUCACAGCGUUAUGUAUGCGCCCAAAUGUUUGGUGCUAAUAUCACGGCUCGAUUAUGGAGAUACUUUUAAGAACUGUCUAGGCACUAUUUACACAGUAUACAUUGAGAAUCUACCCUACGCAUUAGAAAAUCUCAUUGGCAAUAUACUUGGCUGUAUACAGGUGCCACCGCCAGGCGGUCCACAAGUACGCUUCUCCAUAGGAGCGGGCGAUAAGCAAUCGCUACAGCCGCCUCAGUCGCCAUCGUUACCAGUGACGGGUACAGCUGUUUACUUUGUUUUUAAGCAAUUAGGUAUUAAAAAUGUACUUAUACUGCUGUGCGCGGUUAUGACGGAGAAUAAAAUUCUAUUCCAUUCAAAAAGCUAUUCACAUUUGACUGAAAGCUGCAAGGCUCUGGUAUCAUUGAUGUAUCCAUUCAGGUACACACAUGUGUACAUUCCGAUAUUGCCAGCACCGUUAACCGAAGUUCUCUCCACACCCACCCCCUUUAUAAUGGGCAUACACAGUUCAUUAGUCAGCGAAAUCACCGAUCUGCUGGAUGUUAUAGUCGUAGACCUAGACGGUGGCAUGGUGACGAUACCAGAAUCACUGUCACCACCAGUGCCCAUACUGCCAUCACCACUGUGGGAACAGACUCAAGAGCUGCUUACGAUGAUUCUAUUUCCGCAUCUUUCACAGGCUGAUUUGGCAUUUCCGUCGCUCGAAAAACCAACUAAUUAUCCUAAGUCCGAUGCAAUAAUAGAUAAGGAAUUGCGUGCUAUUUUCAUGCGCCUCUUUGCACAACUGCUGCAAGGAUACCGCUCAUGUCUAACUAUUAUACGCAUACAUCCUAAACCGGUGAUAACUUUUCACAAGGCCGGCUUUUUGGGUGCACGUGAUCUGAUAGAAAGUGAAUUUUUAUUUCGAGUUUUGGACAGCAUGUUCUUUACCACCUUCGUGAAUGAACGUGGACCACCGUGGCGUUCUGCCGAUGCUUGGGAUGAAUUAUAUAGCUCUAUGAAUGAGAUUUUGAAGAGCGAGGCGCAAAAUAAGAGUUUAGUUCCAAUACACAUACAGGAGUUGGGAAAAACACUAUACGAAAACGAGUGUCCAAGUCAACAGGUUUACGCACAGAAAGUACUCCGCCCGCCGGAUGGCUCUUUCCAUCGCAUACACCAGCCAGCAUUUCCACGUAUUAGCAGCGAAAAAGUUGAGCUGAUUAUAAACGAUGGCAUGCGCAAGAACUGUAUUUCGCAUCGUUUAACGGUAUUGCGCAAUCAAAUGCGCAUAAUACCGAUGGGUCCGCGCUUACCCGAGGUGCUAGAUGUGCGCCCAGCCAUCUUAAAUUCUGCACGCCGACUCGAGGUGCUAAAAACUUGUGUCGCUUAUAUUUUUGAAAAUAAAAUCGCCGAUGCGCGUAAACUUGUGCCGGCUGUGAUGCGCACACUCAAACACCGUGAUGCACGUCUAAUACUCUGUCGUGAACUGUUCGGCUAUGUGCAUGGCAAUAAAGCGAUACUCGACCAUCAACAGUUCGACUUGGUGAUUAAAUUUAUGAAUAAAACAAUACAAAAUUCUACGGGUAUUGAUGAGUACACCGUUGCGGCGGCACUCUUGCCGAUGUCCACUAUCUUUUGCCGCAAGCUUUCCACGGGUAUAGUACAAUUUGCCUACACCUGCAUACAGGACCAUCCCAUAUGGAAGAACUUGCAAUUCUGGGAGUCUACUUUCUAUCAGGAUGUUCAGACACAGAUUAAAGCUUUGUACAUGCAACGACGGCGACAAAUCGAGAAUAAUAAGGAGUCCAAUAUCGUAUUAGACGAUGUGCCGCUGGAAGAGCCAACUGCGCUUGAGAUAACAGCCGAACAAAUGCGUAAAAGUCCAACGCUUGAGGAGGAAAAAAAGAACGAAUUAGCGCAAUCAGAAGAAUCCACGCUUUAUAGUCAAGCCAUCCACUAUGCUAAUCGUAUGGUGUCCUUGCUAAUACCACCUGAUGUGAAUGCAGUGGGACCGAAGCCGAAGCAAUCUUUUCGCUUAGACGAUAAUCAAAGCGUAUCGAAUAGUAUUAUGGGUUCGCACAGCUUAAGCGAACAUUCAGACGAGGGCUUUGAGGAGAACGACGCACUGGAAGUGGGCGGUGCAGUCGGCAAAAUGGUUUCACGAUUCAUCGAUCGCGUUUGUACUGAGGGUGGCGUUACGUCUGAGCAUAUACGCAAUCUGCAUGAUAUGGUGCCCGGUGUAGUCCAUAUGCAUAUUGAAACGCUGGAAUCGGUAUAUCUGGAAUCUAAAAGGCAUCCACAUGUGCAAAAACCAAAGAUACAAGCGCCAUGUCUGCUGCCAGGCGAAGAGAUUGUAACAGAUCACUUGCGUUGCUAUCUCAUGCCGGACGGCCGAGAAGAUGACACACAAAGCUGGAUACCAGCCGAAGGUGCAUUGUUCUUAACAAAUUAUCGUAUUGUGUUCAAAGGCUCACCCUGUGAUCCGCUCGCUUGCGAACAGACCAUUAUUCGCGCAUUUCCCAUCUCCUCAAUGCUGAAGGAGAAGAAAAUCUCAGUACUAUAUCUCUCGCAUUUAGAUCAAACCCUGCCGGAGGGUUUACAGUUGCGUUCUAGCACCUUCCAAUUGAUGAAAAUCGCUUUCGAUACGGAAGUGACGCCGGAAAUGAUUGAAACCUUUCGUAAAAUACUCACAAAGGCUCGUCAUCCGAUCGAUGAGUUCGAGCACUUUGCCUUCCAAUCGUACGGUACCAUCAUGCAUGGCACCGCACCAUCUAAAACCAAAGAAAAAUACUCAACACUAAAGGGUUUCGCUAAGAAAACGAUUUUACGCAAAUUCAAACAAAAAACGCCAGCCAAACGUAAAUUAGUUACUUCGACAUUAGAUUUUGAUACGCUCGGUCCUUCAACGGAGGCGAUAGACACACAUUCGUUAGACGACGAACUCGAAGACGAUGAGUUCGAGACGAAUACGGACACAAUGCCACGCUUACUGACCGCCAAAGAUGUGGAGCGCAUGCGAGAACGUAGCUAUGUGCGCGAUUGGAAGCGUUUAGGCUUUGACGAGGCACAAAACGGCUUCCGCAUAACCACCGUAAAUGCCAACUACAGUUUAUGUCGUUCAUAUCCUGCGCUGUUGGUUGCGCCUGUGCAAAUUAAUGAUGCAGCGCUUUUGCAUCUUGGACGAUGCUACAAAAGUCAACGCAUACCCGUGGCCACGUGGCGGCAUCGGAAUGGCGCCCUCUUGAUAAGAGGCGCUUUGCCACAUAGCAAAUCAGUGAUCGGUAUGCUGAAAAACUCCACCGGCUCGAAUACGAUGUCACAUGACGUCGCCAACUAUCACGAGCAAGAUAAAUAUAUUUCAGCGCUCAUUGACUCCAUGCCAAAGAAUCUCUCACUAGCAUUGGCGCAAUACACAAUGACUGGCAUGAAUUUGUCCAUGAAUUCACUGUUAUUGAACGCUACCGAUGAGUCAGCCUACCUCAAUCGCGCAGAUACUUCGUUGACACCCGAGGUUAGUCGUAAACACAAGUCGGCGAUUUCAGGUAGCUGUAGCGAAUCCAAAUCGAAUAAUUGGACCGAUUCACUAAAACCAAAAUCUAAUACUAUAAAGAACAAUUCAUCGGUGACGGCGGCCGCAGCAGCAUAUCGAAAGUUACGGCUUUAUGUCUUAGGUGAGAAAUCUCAAACGAAAUCCGGCAUCAACGCAGAUCUCUGUGCAGAGUUCAUAGCCGUCGACUAUGCCGAUUACCGGCAAUCGCGUAUCGCUUUCAAGAAGCUAAUGCGCGCCUGUCUGCCUUCGAAUACAACCAACGAUGCCGACCAAACAUUCGCCAAAAGCGUUGAACAAUCGGAGUGGCUACAGCAAAUUUCUUCACUUCUGCAACUCUCCGGUGCAGUAGUCGAUCUAAUGGAUCUGCAGGAAUCCAGUGUGAUGCUCUCACUAGAGGAUGGCUGGGAUAUAACCGCGCAAAUAUCAUCAAUUGCACAACUUUGCCUCGACCCAUACUAUCGCACAAUGGAGGGAUUCCGCGUGCUCAUCGAAAAGGAUUGGAUAGCAUUUGGACAUCGUUUUGCGCAUCGCAGCAAUUUGAAGCCAACCCAUGGUAAUUCAAGUAUUGCAUUUGCUCCGACCUUUUUGCAAUUUCUAGACGCUGUCUACCAAAUACAACGACAGUUUCCAAUGGCAUUUGAAUUCAACGAGUUCUAUGUGCGCUUCUUGGCCUACCAUAUGGUUUCGUGUCGUUUCCGCACCUUUCUUUUUGACUGCGAGGUGGAACGUUUUGAUUUAGGUAUCGCAUCGGUGGAGGAUAAACGUGGUUCGCUGGGCACCAAACAUCAUCUAUUGGGUAAUACGGGGUCCGAUGACGAGGGUGUCUAUCCCAUGGACGUACGCAGCAAAGCACAAUCUUCGGUGAAUUUCAAUCGCAUAGGUCACUCUAUAUUCGACUAUAUCGAACGGCAACACGCGAAGACACAAAUCUUCUACAAUUUUAUGUACUGUGUACGUGAUGAUGUACUGCGUCCACAGAGUUCAGUGCCCGCCCUCGAUCUAUGGGCAUAUUACACGAACGAAGAACUGGCACAGGGUCCACCAUACGAUCUGGAGCUCACCAAUGCCGAUGAUGAAAUCGAUUUAUCUGAAUUGCGUGGCAAACGCAUUGUGAUUAGCGCUGGUUAUGAUAACAUCGAGAAGAGCAAUGCGAAUGCAUUCGUUUGUCUGCUGAGUGAUGUGCGUCAAGCGGAGACCGAACGUGGUUAUUUACCACAAAAAUGGUUGCAAGUGUGGGACCAAUUGGAAGUGCCACCAAUGGAGGAGUUAACACGCAAAUCCUCACUUAGCAGCAUUCUCUUACAGUCACAGGGCAAAUUGGCACCCAAACGCUCUACGUUAGAGAUUUUGAUGAAGGGUCGUCAAAGUGGCUAUCAGGAUAAAUACUUUCAUCCGCAUCGUUUCGAGAAACAUCCAUACACCACACCAACGAACUGCAAUCACUGCACCAAGCUGUUAUGGGGUCCAGUGGGCUACCGCUGCAUGGACUGUGGUAAUUCGUAUCACGAGAAAUGCACCGAGAUAUCGCUGAAGAAUUGCACGAAAUAUAAAGCAGUCGACGGUGUGGUGCCGCCGAAUGUGAACAUCUCGCAGGGUGACACCGCAAGCAUAGCAUCGAGUGCUGCCACAACAGCGCGCACCUCCAGUCACCAUUUCUACAAUCAGUUCAGCAGCAAUGUGGCGGAGAAUCGCACGCAUGAAGGUCAUCUGUAUAAGCGCGGCGCUCUUCUUAAAGGCUGGAAACAGCGUUGGUUUGUCUUGGACUCUAUAAAACAUCAACUACGCUAUUAUGACUCCGGUGAGGAUUCGCAGUGCAAAGGAGUUAUAGAACUAGCUGAAGUGCAAUCGGUGACACCGGCGCAGCCCGCACAAAUUGGCACGAAACGCAUCGACGAGAAGGGCUUUUUCGAUUUGAAGACCAAUCGUCGCACGUACAAUUUCUAUGCCGUAAAUGCGAAUUUGGCACAAGAAUGGAUUGAGAAAAUUCAAGCCUGCUUACAGUAGAUGAAAUGUAGCAUAGACCCGCCCAUUAGCAAUGUACUCAUCAACGAUAUUCCGUUUCUUGCACGUAUUAUUUUAGUUCUAUAACGUAAGCUGCUAUUAAGUUGCGUGGAAAAAAAGUAGAAAAUACGGUAGGGAAAUCAAAACGCAACGCUUUAUGAAAGUGUUUAGCGUUAAACUUAUCAAUAUGUAUUUAUAUAUAAAUACUAGCGUUUAAAUGUGUAUAUUUAAGCUUUGUGUGUGUGUAUUUACUACUUUUGUGUCUUAUUUAAUCUUAUUUGUUUUCUAUCUAUUAUUUUGCAUAAAACAUUAAGUUUAUACAUACAUACAUCAAUACAACAUAAUGUCAACCAACGACAAACAUAUUUGAUAAGCAUUAGUGCAAGUAAAGAAAUCAAAUAA